AUGGCUAAUUCUACAUCAGUGACUAAGUGCACUGAUUUUUCCGUGUCCAGCCUCUGCCGAGACAUGAAGACUUCACCUCCUGAUCCUGCUAUCGUAGUCGGUGGAACCGGAACUAAUAUGAAAUUAACAUUGCCUCUUGCCGCUUGCGCACCAUUCUCAUCCAACAUCAAUGGACCAACAACCAUCACGACUGCAGUAGCCAGCAGACCGCCGCCGUCCACGUCGCCGUCACCGUCGCCGUCGCCGGCCACGCUGCGCGAGCUGUACGCCAUGGCGACCAGUCAACAGCACCAGCAGCAUUCGCGGCUGCUCGAGCUGUCCAACAGAUAUCGCGGGUACCCGGAAAUCGCCCAUCACGUGUUCAACCAACAGGGAGCAGUCACCAAGUUGCUAGGAACUCUAAGACCUCCUGGUCUAAUUGGUGGAAGUAAACCCAAGGUUGCCACCCCAGCAGUUGUAUCGAAAAUUGAAUUCUACAAACGAGAAAAUCCAACGAUAUUUGCGUGGGAGAUUCGCGAAAAACUCAUUUCUGAAGGAGUGUGCACGAACGGUACGGCGCCGUCGGUGAGCAGCAUUAACCGGAUACUGAGGAACAGAGCGGCGGAGAGGGCUGCUGCCGAGUUCGCCCGGGCUGCCGGGUACGGUCUGUACCAGGUGUCGCAUCCGUACGCAUCGUUCCCGUGGCCGCCGCACCCGCACGGCAUGUGGCCGGGCGUGGCCGCGGAUGUUCCGUCCGCCGUGGCCGCGACCGUAUCGUCGUCCGGCGGGUUGCCGCUGCACCACGGGCCAGCAGGUGCGUCCAACAAGACCACUCCACUGCAGCAAAUGAUCAACGCCCAUCAGCCUUGCGGCGUCAUGUCGUCCAGAGAUCUCAUGCCCAGGCUCAUAGGCGACGGAUCUGGAGGCAUCGACGGUUGUAAAGAUGAUAUGGAAAGCGUGGGCAGUGGCAGCGGAUCUGAGCAACCAAAGUUUAGGCGCAAUCGAACCACGUUCAGUCCUGAUCAACUCGAUGAAUUGGAAAAGGAGUUCGACAAGAGCCACUAUCCGUGCGUGAGCACUCGUGAACGGCUAGCUGCCAAAACUAGUUUAUCUGAAGCCAGAGUACAAGUGUGGUUCUCAAACCGAAGGGCCAAGUGGCGACGGCACCAGCGCAUGAACAAAUCGCGUCGGUCGGGCGUGGCGGCCGCGUCGACCGUGUCGGGCGGCAGCAGCGGUUCGGCAGCGGGUACGCCCACGCCGCCGGUCGUGUCGCCGGUCGUGGGGGCGAUCGGCGGUCCAUCCGGUGUACCGGACGGCGUCGGCGGCCCGCCUUGCCCGGCCGCAGGGGCCAGGUGUCUGGGCGGCGGCGAGAACAGCGCGUUCCGAUCGCUGAUGCCGCAACAGCACUUGCACCGACAGCUCGCCCAGCAGAGUUACGCCGCGUCCGAAUCGUCCGAAGAGAUAAACGUGACGACAGACGACGAAGAAGACGACGGUGGCGGCGUCGGCGGCGGUGGCGUCGGCAGUGGCGUUGUCGACGAACCGAUGGACGACGGAGACGGUUCUAAUUCGUCGUCGUACAACACUAACAACGACAACAACAACAACGACGGCGGCAACGGCGAUGGCGACGAUGUCGGCGACGACGACGACGGCGGCGGCGACGGUGGAAAGACGUCGGCGGCAGUCGCCCCGACACCUCAUCAUCAUCAUCAGCAUCAGCAUCAUAAUCAGAACAAUAAUCAUGCGUCACGUCCGCGAUUCGGUGCCGACCGACUUCCGUACUUCGGUCACAUCAUGCACCCGGCCGACGGGAAACGAACCGUCGACAGCCCGAACAACAACCAUCACCACCUGAACCACUCGAACCAACACCCCCACAACAACAACAACAACAACAACAACCACCACAGCAACAACAACAUUCAUCACCACAACAGCGUGCUGUCCACGAUCGCUUCGUGGCGCGAAAUGGCCGCCUUCACGGCCCUACACCACCGGGCCCUCGAACAGGGCGCGGCCAAAGCGGCUGCGGCUGCGGCGGCGGCUGCGCAACCGUUGCAGUUGACCAAGUACGACAAGGACAGAGCGUAGGCGCGGGUGUUGCUCGUAUAAUGCAGGACGAUUCAAAAGUCUUCGUCCGAUUAUCGAUUAAUAAUCGGUCGCAAAUCGUAUCAGGUAAAAACAAUUAAUAUCAAGACGUAUUAUUAUAACAUUGUACAUUAGAGACAACUACGACGGUCUAGUGUUAUUUUUCAUUUUCGUUGGUGCACGAUAAACGCGUUUCGUGUGACUGUUUGUAAUCUAAUUAGAUUAGCGAACUUUCGUGACGUUAAAUAUAAAUCAGUGUCGAGAUGAACAGAUAAAAAAAAAAUAAAUAAAAAUAAGGAGCAUUAGAUUUUGAAACCGUGGUGUAGUCGUGGCAGCGAGGUCAUAGCGAACGUUUGUAACGCACUAGGUAACAAAUUAGCACUUGAUCAGAGGCUUUUUAAUCGUUUUGUUUUAUACAUAGACGAUAGUAAUAAUAGUAUACUAAAGUCAGGAAAGAGUUAUACCCAUUUUCCCACCGUUAUGAUUUUUCGGGAGUUACUUCAAUUUUUGACGCCGUCGAGACCAAUUUUCGCGUAGUCCUACACGGCGCGACGUAGAGCAUCAAAGUAUUCCUCUUAUCCUUUGGGGGACGACUUAUUCAGUACGAUUUAUUUGUAUUUGGGAGUAUGCUGGACGAGUUUACUUCCAAUAUACGUCGUAUCAAAUGGUCUCAUGUUUACAUACAGCCACCGAAUACAACGACUAUGUAUUGCUUUACGAAAAGAAACACAAUAUUUUCCCAGAACGUACAUAGAUCGCAUUGAUCUGGGCCGACAUAUGUAAUGUAAGCGCAUUUAUUAAAUUUUUUAACCUCGACAAAAAUCCGUCGUUUCUGGCACUUUAGGUACAUAAUAUUAAACCAAAAUCGGGAAAUCGGAAAAAUAUUUUCGGGGGACACUCACUAUCGCCAGACCGUCCACACUGCUACUAUAUUUAUGUUUUUAUGCUAUUUAUUCCUCAUUCCAUUUGAAUUAUGAUUUUUUUGUAACUGCUUGUGUGUUGUACACCAAUUGUUAAUGCAUUAAUCGCGUUUAUUUGUAUAAUAUUUCAUGUAAGACGUGUA